GCGUCUUGAAGAGAGGAAAGACAGGCGGAAGCACCUGCGGACACACCGUUCCUGCCCCAAAGACGCGAACAGCCUUACCAUGACCUGUCGCUUCUGGACGAGUGCUGUGCUUGUUGUACUUGCGGCUGCGGCUGCAUACCGAGUCCUCGUCCCGCCACCAGCCGAGUUUGCCCACACCCCGCUGCUUGACGAGUACGACUACGUGGUUGUCGGCGGCGGGUCGGCAGGGGCGGUGGCUGCCGCCCGGCUGGCUGAGGGCGCACCAGAUGCGCGAGUGCUGUUGCUAGAGGCCGGGCCGUCAGACUCGGCUAUGAUGGAGGUGGCCAUCCCGGCGGGGUGCUCGCUGCUGCAGCGGACCAAGCUCGACUGGCAGUUCACCACGCAGCCGCAGGCUGCAUCGCACGGGUCGAUGCACGAGCGGCGCUCGCGGUGGCCGCGGGGCAAGACGCUUGGCGGAUCUUCAUCAAUCAACUACAUGGUGUAUGUCCGCGGGGCACAGGACGAUUAUGAUAAGUUGUGGGGUGUGUCGGGCUGGUCCUUUGCUGACGUUCUGCCGUUCUUUCGCAAGUCGGAAAACUACGUCGCCCGCCCGCUCGCCGCCAACGAGACCCAUCGCGCAACAGGCGGUCCGCUCACGGUCUCCAAGCCGCAAACGUCAUCGCCGCUGGUAGACGCGUUUAUUGCGUCCGGGAAGGCGCUCGGGCUCGCCCGCAACGAGGACUACAAUGGUGCUGGCGGCAUGAUGGGCAUCGCCCAUUGUGAUCUGACCAUCAAGGACGGGGUGCGCGCCUCGUCGGCCGCAGCCUUUCUCCGGCCUGCACUCGCUCGUGCCGCCGCAGCUUCGGCUAGUGGUGUCUUCCAUGUUCGCACCUUUGCGCAUGUCACUCGGGUGGUGACUGAGACCGAUGCGGCGUCCGGGAAGGUGAGGGCGGUCGGCGUCGAGUUUGCCGACACUGCCGACUCUGACGGCGUCGCCAGUGAGGACUCGCCGCGGCGAGUUGUCCGAGCCACCACAGAAGUUGUGCUGUCGGCCGGUGCUGUUGGCUCGCCGCACGUACUCAUGCUAUCGGGCAUCGGGCCCGAGGAUGUUCUCGCUGCUGCCGGCAUUGAGACUGUGGUGGAUUUGCCCGGCGUCGGCCGCAACCUCCGCGAUCACUUGAUGGUUCCUGUUCGGUUCCCGACCAAGGACAAGGCGAGUGGGCAUCUUAUCACCAAGAAGCGUGCUGAAUCGCUCACCACGCUCUUGAAGUAUCUUGUCUUUAGUGGCGGUCUGCUUACCACCAACGGACUCGAGGGCACGGCGUUCUACUCGACCGGCACCUCAGACCAUCUUCCGGCGUCGGUGCCGGACGUGCAGAUCCACAUGAUAGCAACCGGUGGAUCCGACGUCGAAGCAGCAAACAUCGGAACCAAGCCCGAGUUUGUGGCGCAGGGAGUGAUUGAUGACCCGGACCGCUGGCAGGCGGGAGGUAUCAACUUUCUGCCGAUCAUCCUCCACCCCAAGUCUCGCGGUGCGAUCACUCUCAACUCGUCGUCACCAUUUGACCCGCCGCUCAUUCAGCCAAACUACCUUGCGGAACAGGCCGAUGUCGACCUUCUCGUCGCUGCUGUCCAUGACACUCUCAAGCUCGCCGCUGACGAGGCGUACGCCGAGUGGAUCGACGCGUCGUCACCGACGACGUCGCCGCUUUACGAGUCGGCGCCCGACGGCGCCGCCGCCGGCGUCUCGUACUGGGAGUGGCAUGUCCGUAACUUUGCUGUCACUGUCUACCACCCAGUUGGGACGGCCAAGAUGGGCGAGCCUGGCGCGGCUGGCACUGUUGUAGAUCCGCAACUGCGAGUUGUCGGUGUCGACGGUCUGCGCGUCGCCGACGCAUCCAUCAUGCCGACACUCAUUUCAGGCAACACCAACGCGCCGUGCAUCAUGAUUGGGGAGCGCGUCGCUGACUUUAUCUUAUCGUCUCUACAAGGGCGCUGAACUCGGCUGCAUAAACCCCCGCUUUUGCUC